GCGCACCCCCCGCCAGGAGGACGAGGAAAAAGACAACGUGACCGAGCUAGUGCCAAUCAGGCCCGUCGGUUCUGGCCCGCUCGCGUCGCCUAUUUCCCGCAUCCACACUCGCAACCCCUUCCAACGUCACGCUUCUUAUGAGACAUUCAAAUCUACAGGCAACCUCUUCCAAGUCGGCAUGACCCCUCCACCUCAAACGCCCGCACCCGCUCCGUCGUCCCCCGCCAUGAUCCCGCUCCCGCCUCCGACUCCCAGCGAGGCGGACCCUCUGUGCUGAAAACCUGCUGGAAACAAGACGACAGCGGACGAUGUCACUCAAACUACCGUGUACUAUCCUAUCUCUCCGGCUAACACUAGUAUACCCCACUCUCUUUUGUGUCGUGCUCUUAUCUACGUCCCAAAAUCCCCGGGCCAUCGCAUAUAGCGGGGUUCCCCAUAUUUAUCUCGGGCUAUCCUGCGGAGGUCCAACUCCGUAUCUGACAGUUCAGAUUAGUGCGGCAGUGGAUCACGCAACGACUAUUACUUUAUUUUACCAUAUGAUAUUGGGAUGUUUUUCUUAG